UGUGUCUCGUUCUAGCCGACAUAUUAGCAAAACUAUAAACAACUGGAACACUGCAUUAGUGAUGAACUUAGCCUUAAGGAAACAUUGCUAUAGCAUUUACGAAAAGCCAAUGUCGGUAUUGAAUGUUGAAGAUAAUCGAAUUUGGAGCAAGUCACUUCAAUGCGUAAUGCUUAACGCCAGUCUUCAAAUAAUUACUCAGACUCAAAGUAGCCUUACUGACAGUUUAAAGCUUUUUCAAAAUCCACCUUGAAAUCCGUUACAUGAUAUGCCAUCAUAUCAUUGUGAAACCAAUUUGGAACGGUUCGUCUGCGCUGCAUAUGCACGGGUUGCUUUGGUUUCCCCCUCUCCAUGUCCACUUGAUUCCUUCCCGCACGCGCCAAACGCGCGCACUAACGAUAGCCCACCAAUGGUCGCGCGAAUCACCGCUAGUCGCCCCCACUGCCCCCCAAGUCGCUCUGAUGUCUCACUCAGCGUGGACACAACGUCACGUCCGCACUUGAAUUUGAAGUUUUAUCCCAUUCUACCGAGGCAAUCCCAGACACACACACACACGCGGGGUCCUCCCAAAGCGAUAAGACAGACUCGUCACUGUGAAAAGGGAAUGAGACAUUAGGAAACACUGGACCUCCGCUGGUUGGAAGGAGAAAAAUAGGAGGUGUCUGUCUGUCUGGCUGUGCUGUAGUCUUUCUCCGUCUCCCCUCUCAACUCCUAGAGCGGUGAGUUCCGUGCCAUUCCUUGCCAAGACUCGCACAGCGAGGACUGAAUGGUGCCAAAGCUCACAUCACCUGGCAGAACCAACACCGGUGGAAUUUUGGAGGUGCAGUUAUUGAAUUAAUAGGCAAUUUUUUCUAAUUCUGCAAGAAAAUAACAGAGGAGAAGAGGUGACAGUUGAAUCGAAUAUUGACCCAUCGAGCGAAGAGUGGCAUGCACCGUACGCUACCCCAGGUGUGAACGCGCUGCAGAGGGCCCCUCGUCGGAAUUGAAAUAGUCUUUAUUCUCUGCAAAUAUUGCAAUAAGUCCGUUGCUGUUAUUGACACGAAAUAACCGAACAGAAAUAUUUGCUUGAACCUGCAUGUGUCUGUUGUAACUCCAACAGCUUGACCACUCCAGGUGUUGAGUUCAGGGUGAAGUAAUUCUGCGAAAAGAGGACUGGACAGUUGACCAACGUUUUUACCCGCCUUUCAACAACUACAAUAAAAACCCACUAGGGUCUUUUUCACUUACAGUAGUUUUAUGUUAGUCGUCUCAAUUGGAAGCAAUUUGAUAAAGUUACCGGGCACCAGACCAGCGGAGCACCACGGAGCAAGCCGACCCCAAGCGCAGUUUUCCUGGCGAUGCCAGAGUAGAUGCAGGGGCAAUGUCCCGUCGCAAGCAGGGGAACCCUCAGCACCUAUCACUGUCGCAAAGAGAAACAAUACGACCCGAGGCCAAUCAUGAGUCGGGGGUGGGACCUCGCUCCCCGGAGCCGUCCAUUCCCAGCCCCACUCCCACUCCGAGGAGGGCGGGGCCAGGGGAGCAUGACCUCCUGACCUGUGGGAGGUGCCAGACCAACUUCCCCUUGGGAGACAUCCUGGUCUUCAUAGAACACAAAAGGAGACUGUGCAGUGGGGGAGGCCGCGCACCCGGGGGGUUCUUCAAACCGGGCGAGAGGGGGACCUCCAUCUUGACACGGGGAGGGGCAGUGCCGGUGGAGGUGGGGGUGCAGGUGACCCCCCAUGGGGAGGAUGAAGAGGAGAGGAGGCUGACGCCCGCUAAAGGAAUCUGUCCCAAGCAGGAAAGAGGGAACACAGGUAAAGAUGAGCCGUCCAGCUACAUCUGCACUUCCUGUAAACAUACCUUCACCAGCGCCUGGUUCCUGCUCCAGCAUGCCCAACACACCCACGGUAUCAGAAUCUACCUGGACACACACCCCUCCAACUACACCCUCACCCCUCGCAUGGCCCUCCCCCCUCCCAUGGGUGGGGGAGACUCCCUCCCCCGUUCUCCGUUACCAACGUUUCUAGGGGACACCUCCAAUCCCUUCCACCUCCUCCAGAUGGCGGCUCCACUACUCAGGGAGUACCACCGUCCCCAACAACACCACCACUCCCAUCCACCUCCGGCGUAUCUGGACACCCGGCUCCCCGCCACACCACCCUUCGUCAGCCCCACGCCCCCCAGACAUCCCCUGGAACACCUUGGUCCGGAAGAGAUGGGGUCCCUGCUCUCCCAGCACCCCAGUGCCUUCGAGAGGGUGAUGCGUCUGACCCCCAUGGAACCUCCCUCCAUGGACUUCUCCAGAAGGCUCAGAGAGCUGGCAGUUGGGAACAAUACUAACAACGGAGGCCCCACACCCCCUCUCUCGCCCACCCGGGUGCCCCCCAUGCACCGCCUGCUGAGUCCAACCCUUUUCCAGCCAGGCUCCAAGCCCCCACCGUUCCUCACCUACCCCCCACAGCCCCCCACACCUCAGGGAGACGCCACCACUACUCCCAAGGGCCAGAACCAAGCCCAGUUCCAGGCCCAAGCCAAGUCCAAGUCCUGUGAGUUCUGUGGGAAGACCUUCAAGUUCCAGAGCAACCUGAUAGUCCACAGACGGAGUCACACAGGAGAGAGGCCCUACAAGUGUCAUCUGUGUGACCACGCCUGUUCUCAAGCCUCCAAGCUGAAGAGACACAUGAAGACACACAUGCACAAGUCAGGCUCUGUGGGGAGCAGAGGAGAGGGAGGAGAAGGGGAGGGGAAGAGCAGAGAGGGGGAGGGAAAAAUGGGGAUGGACAACGAGGAGGAGGAAGAGGAGGAAGAAGAGGAAGAAGAGGAGGAUGAAAUGGAGGAUGAGGAGGAGAUGAGGAACGGCCUAAGUAGGCCUGAGUCUAACCUGACCAUGGACUCAGAGUUCCACAGGAACAUGGAGAACGGGUCGAGGCCUUCCCCAGACGAGAAGCCUCAUGGUGGGGAUAGAGUGACGGAGAACGGAGGGGUGGGUAUCAUGCACCCAUACAACCACCUGAACAAUCACCUGAGACUGGCCCCUUCCAAGAGGACCAUGAGUCUGGACAGGGAGAUGCAGCCUAAUGGAGAGUCGGGAGAAGGGGGAGAUGCUGGGAGGGGGGAGACGGAGAGAGAGAGGGACAGAGAGAGAGCGAUGGAUAGGGCGAUGGACAGAGCGAUGGACAGAGAGAGAGAGUGCGGAAGAGAGGAGAGGCCCUUGAUGAACGGAAGGAUUAGUGGGUCAGAAGACUCCUUCACUGGUCUGUUCCACCGCCGGCCGACCCCCAUCACCUCCAACAAGAGAAUCAAGGUGGAGAAGGAGUUGGAGCUCCCUCCAGCGCCGACCCUCAUCUCCCCAGAGAACAUGUAUUCCCAGCUCCUGGCUGGCUACGCCGCUUCACGCCACUUCAUCAGAGAACCUUUCCUCCACGGCUUCAGCGACGCCCGCCAGUCCCCCUUCGCCACCUCCUCAGAGCACUCCUCCUCUGAGACGGGUUCCCUCCGCUUCUCCACCCCUCCUGGGGAGUUCCUGGAGGGCAGCUCCACUCCUCACCUCCUGCGGGGUCCAGGGCCAGGUCGACCCCCUAGUAAGGAGAGCCGACGGAGCGACACCUGCGAGUACUGCGGGAAGAUAUUCAAGAACUGCAGCAACCUGACGGUGCACCGGCGCAGCCACACGGGAGAGAGGCCCUACAAGUGUGACCUUUGCAGCUACGCCUGCGCCCAGAGUUCCAAGCUAACUCGCCACAUGAAGACCCACGGGCAGUUUGGGAAGGAGGUGUACCGCUGUGAUAUCUGCCACAUGCCCUUCAGCGUCUACAGCACCCUGGAGAAACACAUGAAGAAGUGGCACGGGGAACACUUGAUGGCCAGCGAAGUCAAACUGGAGGAGGCCGAGAGAGGCUAGGUUACGCUAGGCUAAAGCUAAAGCUAAGGCUAAAGCUUAAGGCUACUGGCUACAGGCUAGGCUAGGCUAACACAACAGACUCCUUCUGAAUGAACACUUACAUGACUUCAACACGGGGCUUGGCUGGAUAAUCUUUCUCUUCUUGAAUAUAUUGGGACAAUUUGAUGUUAUUCUGUUUUUAUUUGUUCUUUUUUUUGUCACAGAAACUGCCACCUGAGAAACAUAAACAAAGGGAAACAUGGGAUGGGGGGUUGUUCUAGAAAUGCCUCGUUUCCCGCCAACUACAUUUACAUUUUAGUCAUUUAGCAGACACUCUUAUCCAGAGCGACUUAUAACUAUCGAUAUAUCUGAGGAUUUUAUCAUUUAGGAAACCAUGGAGCUUUUCUACUGUGCAAUAAUGUCUGUAUUUAUUGGAGUUUUGUAAAGAUAUUGGGUAUGCGCAGGUACAUUUGUGGGGCUUCAUAUGGAAUUAGUUAGAUAGUUAGUUUAAAGAAUAUGCACACAAAACAUUUUUAAAAAAUCCAUAAUUGGAAACAGGUCUUGCUUGAUUAGAAAUAUGAUUUUAAUUGUUAACUGACUAAAUUAAUGCGAAGAGGUCAACUUCUAAAAAUUAUGAUAGCAAUUAUUUAUUUUUAAACUGUCUUAUUAUUAUCCUAUUAGGUCAACAGCGGACUACAAUCCAUCUCUUGGUUUAUGACAUAAAGCACUGAAUGUCAAUAUGACAAUAAAAUAUUCAUUAUAAUUUUGGAAUUUAAAAAAUCCCAAAUGUUGCUGUUUUAGAACUCUAAAGAGGUUACAGACAAUUUUAUACAAACAAACAAUAAUUUUUUAUAAAUAUCAGCAUGUGUUGUACAAUGUCUAAAUGCAAUUAUUAUAAUGAUGUAAUCCAGCCCUAUUUUCCCAAUAUCAGCAGGGGAUGUAAAUUGCGGUUGCACACAUUGACUAACAUUCCUUAGAUGCAGGAUUAAAUCGCCAUGGGAUAUUUAACGUACAUCUGUUCAUUUGCUGUAGUAACUGUGGGAAGGAGAACAGUCAUAUAUAACUUUAUUUGUGGAUGGUUUGGGAAAGAAUCAACCUUUUUUUAUUCUUAAAACAUUAACUAAAUUUUUUAUUUUCUUUGAUCUAGCAUUACUAUGAUAACAGAAACUAUAAUACCAGCGUUGUAUUUUACAUUCAGAAUGGCCACUAUAAAACAAUCAAAAGACCAGCUGCUUGAGUUAUCUACAUACUGUAUAAUAUAGCUACAUUACUGCUUAAAAAAAACUCAUUUUACCAGAUUAUUGCAAUACAGGUCCUCUCAAUAGCGCUUCCUUCCUAUGAUCAUGCUGUUUACGUUUCAACAACAUAGCGGCAAGGUCCUUACUCCCUCUUGAAGCUUAAUCAAAGGCAAUUAUUCAAGUUAAAACUUUUAAACAUUCUACAUCGUGCUGUACAUUCCACUUCUAGAAUCAUUCCAUUGUUCCGUCUGGGGAAUUCUGGAACAGUAGUGUGCUGUUCUGUUCGACCUGGGUGAGUUCUUAUCCCCUCAGGAUUCAGCAAAACAGUCUCAAAAUGGAAUUCAUAUAAUGCCUGUUUCACCACUGUGUGCUCUAAGCCUCAAUCUGCCUGCCUGCUUUCACAGUUCACUAACUCAACAUUCAUGUAUUAGUAGAGCAGUUUUGAAAAAUAAAAAGUGGGGGCUGUUAAUUUUGCUUCUCAAAGUGAUAUGGGGGUUUAACGCCCAAUAACAGAUUUACAAUUUGGGAUUUUCAGCUGUGAGGAAUGAAGAUGACUCAUCCUGGGAUGAAUCUAAAAAAGGUUAUUUGAGUUACAUUGAGUUAUGUUAAUAAUGUCCAGCACAGCUGUUAGGAUGAUGGCCACACAACCUUGAGAUCUGAUUGGAUCAUUCUUGAGGAAGAAAAUUAAAGACUGAAAUAGAGAAAAUAGAGAGGGGAAAAUAGAGAGGGGAAAAUAGAGAGGGCGGGAGAGAGAAAUAGAAGGAAAGAGAGAGAAAGAGAAAGAGAGAGCCCCGAGCAAGUAUCAAAGUCAUUCAAAUGAAAUUGAAAGCAUAUGAAAAGUAUGGUCUAACCCAAACGCAUAUCUACUUGUCAAAUCUAAUACCAGGGACAUCAGAGAGAGAAAGGACCAAUAUUAGGGAAGAUUUAGGCCACAUCAUCCCUUAAUACAAUCAUCUCCAACAGAGAUAAUCACCUCACCUCAAAGAUAUCGCCUCAUAUACUUAGCCUGUUUUAAAUGUGCUGUGUGUGUUUAGCCAAUUGGACAUGGGUGUGCCUCGAAUGAGAUUCUUCCUAUUUAUCAUCAUCUUGUUGACAGAAAUCAGAUUCUCUCACCGCAUAAUGGUCCCCUAUUUCAAAUCUGCAUGUGGAAAUGGAAUAGCUUAGUUAUCAUAAUGUAUGAGACCGACUGAAAAGGUGUAGAUACCAUAGGUACAUGCAUUUAAGGUAUAGAUACAUGCAUUUAAGGUAUAGAUACCAUAGAUACAUGCAUUUAAGGUAUAGAUACCAUAGAUACAUGAAUUUAAGGUGUAGAUACCAUAGAUACAUGCAUUUAAGGUAUAGAUACCAUAGAUGCAUUUGGGGAAAACACAUUUUGAUAUGCAAUAAGAGUGCAAUUGAUAUGCACUUCAGAACAAGGUUGAUAAUAACUAUUGAAAUAUGAAUUUAGUUUAUGUUAUAUUUUCAUUGAGACAGUGACGAGGAGAAAACUACAAUUCCCACUCCUGAACAAGUUUCAUAUAAACCAUUAAAAUAUGGCUGUUAUGUAGUUAUUGUAUAGCAUUGAGACACCAGGAAGACAGACAGAGGAACAGAACCAGUCAAUUCAUACAAGGACAUUCAGUCCCAGAAUAAUGUUUACAGUGUUGAAGUAUGUUAAUGAUGAAAUCCUCUGUGUUUUGAAAUAACACAGUAUUAUCUUCUCAAAUGUUUUGAAUGUCAUAGUGAGCAGUUUUCUACGAUUAUGAUGGUGGAGGGAUUUUAAGUAGUAUUCUUAUGAAUAGUUAAGUAUAAUUUCUUGCUCACUGAAUGACAAUACACAGUGUAUUUGUAAUAUUGAGAAGUGGUGGAGCAUUUUUUAAAAAGUGGUGCCAACAUUCUGUUAUAGCCUAUUUUACAGUCCCAAUCCAAUUGUGAGUCGAUUUAAAUGGUGUUGCUUUUUGUCACUGUACGUUAAAAGUUGGUUUUUGGUAAAGCUAUCGUAAUAUGUAUGUAAAAAAAAAAAUACAAUUAAAAAAAUAUGGACAUUUUGUGAAAUUUUGGGAUUGGGAUUAUACAAUGGGUUCUGGGAGAAAUGCUUUUUAUCAAAUUAAUAUUAGGAGGCAUUCAUGGACAACAUUGUUUUGUUUUUCUUCUCAUGGUUGGUUGAAGUUCUUGUGAUGGCACUUAAAAUUACAUUUUAACACAUUUUCAACUUUCAGGACUUUUGCUCUUUGUACAAAAAUCAUUUUCCCUUAUUGUUCUUUUUUUGAGAGAGUGCAUUGUUGUGAGAAAAAAAAAAGAAGUUGUUUCAGAGCAGCAGAACACGUCAGCUGUUUUCAACAUAUAUGUAUUUUUGUAAAGUGUUGAAGAGAAAGUCAACAAAUCCAAUAAAUGUUGCAAUUGCC